CUUAGCUCUGCCCAUGCUGGGUCACAGUGUGCACUUGGCUUGGCAGCUCUCGGCUGGCUGAAGGUUCUCUGCUGCAUGGCACAGGAGCAAGUGACUGAAAUGGUGACACAGAGCCAUAGAUGAUGGUAGACAGGAAGCAAGGAGAAGAAACUGUGAAUGAGAUCCUUCAAAGCAAGAAGAUUUCUCGAGCCUUAACCCCAGUGUGGGCAGGCUGAGGGACUUCUGAGCAAGGGAACUCUAUGCUACUGCUCGUUUCUAUCAAGUAUUUUACUGCUGUUGGUGACAACUACACCACAACUAAUGAACUGCAUGAAAUCCCAUACCUUCGUGCCAGCACAUCCCAGCUUUCUCGAGGGUGGUUAUGGCUUUAGAAGAUAAGCAUAAGGGAGCAUCUCCUGAAGGAGGCAGCUGAGGAGAGAAAGGGAACAGAGCUUCACACUAAUAUCAUCCCAGUGGGUCAAGAGCGAGUCUGGGUUGACCAGGUAAUGGAAUUAAAGAAGCAGGAGUCGUUUGCUUUUUGGUGCCCGGAGUUUCACACACCUCUAGCGGCAAAGCCUCUUGGUUGCCAAGACAACCCUGAAGAAAUAGGAACUCCAGAACAAUACCCUGUGCAGGAGAAGCUUCGUAUUCUUUAGUGCAUGCAUCUGGUUUGAAUGUCAAGAGAAACACUGCCCUCCACAUCAGCUCAGGAAGAGAAAAUCCAUUCAAGACAGACUCUUGUUCAUUGCCUCAUCCUAUGGAGGAAUCACCACUGCCCAUCUACAUUGAGGAGGGGACAGAAGUCCCGAUUGAAAGCAGAAAUAUGGCAACAAAGGAAAAGCUGCAGUGCUUGAAAGAUUUCCACAAGGACAUCCUCAAACCUUCCCCUGGCAAGAGCCCGGGGACACGGCCUGAGGAUGAGGCAGAAGGAAAACCCCCCCAGCGGGAGAAGUGGGCGAGCAAGAUUGACUUUCUGCUGUCCGUGGCUGGUGGAUUCAUUGGUUUGGGCAACGUCUGGCGGUUCCCGUAUCUCUGCUACAAAAACGGCGGAGGUGCAUUUCUUAUACCUUAUUUCAUUUUCCUGUUUGGGGGAGGUCUUCCCGUGUUUUUCCUGGAGGUGGUGCUAGGACAGUAUACCUCUGAAGGUGGAAUUACAUGCUGGGAAAAGAUCUGCCCUAUCUUCACUGGAAUUGGUUAUGCUUCCAUAGUGAUUGUGUCCCUUCUGAAUGUGUACUACAUCGUGAUCCUGGCCUGGGGACUUUACUACCUGUUCCAGUCGUUCCAGAGCGUCCUGCCGUGGGCACACUGCCACCAGAAGUGGAACACGCCGACCUGCGUGGAAGACACUCUCAGGAAGAACAAAACACUCUGGAUAUCACUGAAUGCCACUAACUUCACCUCUCCUGUCACAGAGUUCUGGGAGCGCAAUGUACUGAGCUUGUCCUCAGGGAUUGAAGAUAUUGGUAUUAUCAAGUGGGAUCUAGCACUGUGUCUUCUCCUUGUCUGGGUGAUAUGUUUCUUCUGCAUUUGGAAAGGAGUCAAAUCCACUGGGAAAGUAGUGUACAUCACUGCCACAUUCCCAUUCAUCAUGCUCCUUGUUCUGCUCAUCCGUGGUGUGACCCUGCCUGGAGCUGCAGAAGGCAUCAAGUUUUAUCUUUAUCCUGAUAUCUCACGGUUAGCUGACCCACAGGUCUGGAUAGAUGCAGGGACACAAAUCUUCUUCUCAUAUGCAAUCUGCUUAGGAGCAAUGACUUCCCUGGGGAGCUACAACAAGUACAAAUACAACUGCUAUAGGGACUGUUUGCUGCUGGGAUGCCUGAACAGUGGUACCAGUUUUGUGUCUGGCUUCGCAAUUUUUUCCGUCCUGGGCUUCAUGGCACAAGAGCAAGGGGUGAACAUUGCUGAUGUGGCAGAGUCAGGUCCAGGCCUGGCCUUCAUUGCCUACCCAAAAGCUGUGUCCAUGAUGCCACUGCCCACCUUUUGGGCAAUCCUUUUUUUUAUUAUGCUUCUGUUGCUUGGACUGGAUAGCCAGUUUGUUGAAGUUGAAGGACAGAUCACGUCAUUAGUUGAUCUGCACCCAUCCUUCCUAAGGAAGGGUUACCGACGGGAAAUCUUCAUCGCUAUAGUAUGUUUCCUUAGCUAUCUUCUGGGACUAACUAUGGUGACUGAGGGUGGCAUGUAUGUUUUUCAACUCUUUGACUACUAUGCAGCUAGUGGUGUAUGCCUUUUGUGGGUUGCAUUCUUUGAAUGUAUUGCUGUAGCCUGGGUUUAUGGCGCUGAUAAUAUUUAUGAUGCCAUUGAGGAUAUGAUUGGAUACAGACCUGGUCCCUGGAUGAAAUGGAGCUGGAUUGUGAUCACACCAGUUCUUUGCGUGGGGUGCUUUAUCUUUUCUUUGGCCAAGUACAAACCGCUGACCUACAACAAGGUCUACACGUACCCAGACUGGGCAAUUGGCCUGGGCUGGGUUCUUGCCCUUUCCUCCAUGAUCUGCAUCCCUAUGGUGAUGGUCAUCCGCAUCAUACAGUCAGAUGGGUCGCUUAUUGAGAGGAUAAAAGCAGUGGCUGCCCCCAAGGAAGUGAAUCGGUGGUCCAAAGACACAGAGAGUGGCACCCCCUUCUGCCCCAAUGGCACCUCGAAUGGUGGAUUGAUCAAGCCAACUCAUAUCAUUGUGGAAACCAUGAUGUGAGCUCUCUCUGUGAGAGGCUAAACCUGCUUUAACUGCCGUUUACUAACCAUAGAUUCUCAUAGGACCAGGUUUACAGAGCUUUAUAUUUGCACUAGGAUUUUAUUUCUCACAGAGAAAAGUUUUUGGGUUGGUUUUUUUUGUGUGUGUGUGGGGAAUAUUUUUUGUUUGUUUUGGGGAGGGUUUUUUUUUUUUGUUUGUUUUUUAAUAUUUUGUAAGGUAAUCACAGCAGAUGUCUCUCUGUAGAGGGAGAGCUUUCAUAUCAGCCUAGACAUAUUACAGGAAUUUACUAUUAUUGUGGGGUUGGUUUUUUUAAGUGUGUAUCUCUUUAACUAUUCUACAUCUUACCACUUGAAUUGAUUGUCUUGCCAGCAAUACAUUCAAGUCUCAGAAAGCAAUUUUAGGUGCUGGUAUGGUUGGGAGCAGGGUAACCCUACAGAACACACAAAAGGAGCUCUGUUGAGAGAUAGGACUGAAAAAAAAAAACCAAACAAAACACCAAAACAGAAAGAUAAAAAGAUGCUGUUUCAAGAGACUCUUCAAAGGUGUAGUAUUUCCACCCUCUGGUUCAGUUGUGGUUUCAGGGUCACAGCAGGGAAAGGGUACAGCUAUCUUUAGCACAGUCCCUGAGUACAGAUCUAGCUGGGCAGCUGGAGCAGGGAGGUUGCAAGGGAGGCAGAGAAGCUGGGUGUGAAAAGCCUUGCAGCCAGCCCUUGCAAAUAGAGCACUGGGACCCAGGCACACAGAGAGGAGAACUUUAGGGAGGCUUUUGCAGAAUUUGGCAUGGUUCACUCUUUUUAAUUUAUUUUAUUUCUUAUUUUUUAGUUGUUUGGGCUUUUUUUUAGGGGUUUUGGGUUUUUUUUUUUUUACUUGAGUGAGCAGAGAAGUUGAGUAUCUGCUCCUGAGUUUUCCAGCAAAGCAUAUUUUAGUGUGGUGGUGGCACUCGUGUGAACCUCAUUGCUUCAGACUGGGAAGGGCAACCUGUCUCUGGGGCAAGGGGGGAGCGGGAGCAAACACUGAGGAGCUGAGAGGGGAAAGCAGCACCUGCCCUUGGCUGCUUCAGAUGUUCACUUGCUCAUUCAUUUGCCUGCUAAUUGUUGGACUUUGGUGCCAGGCAGAAAAACAAAAGAAUCCCUUCUGGACUCUGACCGUCCAAAGGUGAACUCAGACCAGGUCGUCCUGGAUGGAAGGAGCAAACCUGCUCAGCUACACCUGGGGUAAACCAGUGUUUAUAACUGACCCACUCUUAGUAGUACUACUAAUUCAGGUAAUAAUAUUACUCAGCAAACAGGUGCUUCUCAGCCAUGUAUCUUAAACAUGUUUUGCCAUGUUCAGUAACCAGGAUUUGCUUUCUUUAUUUAUUUGGAGGGUGUUCAUUGCUGUUAAGGGAACAGAUAAAAGGACUAAGUCCAUUUUCCCAUGUUCCUACAUAGCAGCAGUGGAUCUAAGGCCCUCAAGACUUUUUGGCCAUCAUUGGGUUGAAUCAUAACUGUUUGGGUUGUUUUUUCUCUCUAGGGGAGGGUGGAGAUGUAUUCAUAAGGCAUAUGAGUCUUAUCUGCUGAAGAAACAGAGCUGUCAGGAUUUUAAGUUGGAGCAAAGGGAUCAUGUAACACUGAAAUAUCUCGUGUCUGGUCAGAAGGAAUUCUGUACUGUUCCACUUUAGAGUGGGGAGUGAAAAGAAACCACUACAAGAAGCAUAGAUAUGAGGAUUCCAUUUCGUGUGGGCCCACCUGGACAUUUCCAUGGGGAAUUGCUCCCUGAAAAAUUGUCCAAAACAUAGGCAAGAGCCUUUUCAAAUGAAAGAAAGAAACAAAACCAAACAAAAACUUGAGCAGGUUGUGCUGGGAACAGAUCCUCUGACAAAACUCAGCCUUUUCUUCUGGGCAUUGGGUUAGGGGAAGAGGUUUGGUUUUCUUUUUUUCUCCUUCUCGUGAUGCCACAUUUGAGCUAUCCAAAAGUAUUCAGAGGAAGUGCUUGAUGAAAGCAGAGUUUGUAUCUGUUUAUUCUGCUGUCAGCUUAGUCUGUCAGGGCAGAGUUUGUAAUUUAAACAGAAACAUAGCCAGUUCUUAACAUUCCUACAGAGUAGCUUUCUCUCUUUUUUCCCCUUGUCCCAUGGGCUAACUGGCCACAGCAGCACAAACACUUUGUUGAUUAGCUUGUUGGUUUUCCUGGAACAGCAAAAAAAGGCUGAUUUGAGACGAAGAGAUGGACCAAAGUCAUUGCAAUUAAAAAUAAGACAUGUAAAAAGGGGGGGAAAAAAGAAAGUAGCUGCAUCAAUAACUGUCCAAAUCUUUCUAAUUUGAAUGGGGAGGCAUUUUUCCUUCAGGCAGCUGAGCUGCAGUAACAAACCCAGUCAGAGCAGAACUGUUUGUUUUCUUUUUUCUUAUUGUUGUCUUAGGAGAGUUAUAAAUGAAACUGUCUUAGGAGAGUUAUAAAUGAAACUUUUCCACAGCUGGAGAUGGCAAAGCUCUUAUGACACAUGCUGGGGCCAAUGGCAACAGCCAUUUGAAGGUCACAAAGGAUUCCAUGAGCCAGUGAGUGUCAUCAGACAUGCCCCAAACAAACAAACAUGCAUAAAGAUGUUUGUUGGUUUGGGGUUUUUUAUUCAUUUUGGGUUUGUGAGCCUUUAACUAUCAAAGGCAUGGAAAAUUACUCAAAGAUAACUCUCUUAGUGGGCUUCAGCUUGGCCCCUCAUUUUUUAGGUACACUUAAUGCCUGCAGUAAACAGGCAUGCUUGCUUUGGUGAAGGAGGAGUAGCAGGUUAGGGGGGUCUGAAUGAAUGGUUUCUGUGAGUGCAGAAGGAACAUUGAUGCUUGAUUUGUUUUUUGAUACACACAUUGUCAUAGAACUGUGUUUUAGUUUGCACAUCGUUGUUUUGGGGUGGGUUUUUUUUUUGAGGGGGGAGUGUUGUGGGUUUUGGGUUUUUUUUGGGGUGGGGGAGUUGUGUGUGUGUGUUGUAGAAUUGAGACAAGCUUUAGUUAGGGGGAAAAGGAGAAUGAUUUGGCUACAUCAAAGAUGUCACCAGCCAGUCUGAUGGGUGUUUAGCUAUCUCCCAUGUCAUGGAGAGUGUCUUUGUGUGAAGAACCAGAGGGUUAAUACUACACCUUUCAAAGAACAACUACCAGAGAACCAGAACCCAGCCCCAUGUCGAUACAAACUGUGCCAUUCAAAUCAGUCUCUUCCAUGUACCGAGGGAAAACGUCUCGCACAUAUGCAACAACCUCAUCCAAGCAGUCUCCACAUCAACUGCUCUGGCCCUGCUGUGCUCAUGACUGCAAGGAAGGGCUUGGGGCUCACAAAGAGCCAAGAAAUUGCUGUGUCUGGAAAACAGUUCCCCUCUCCCCAAUUCCCUCCCCUCAACAAAAGCAAAAUAAGUUCUUAGGUUUCUUUUUUAACUGGGGACUGAGUUCCAAUGAGCACACUCAGAUUUUUUACUGUUUGGGGUUUUUUUUUUUCCCCCCUAACAACUUUUAUCAGACCUCUGAAACUUUUCUUGGUGAUAAAUCUGCUUUCCAACAUGAUCCUCUGCCAAAUUUAUUUGAACAGAAAUCAUUUUACAAGAAAAAAAAGCCUGUGUUUUCUAUCUAAUUGUGAACUGCAAAUACAACUGGUUUUUCCCCCCUCCACCCCCUCCUAAUUUGUUUAAACACCUCUGACUUAUUUUACCUGCUUUAUUUAAACGAGGAACUCAAUAUUAUUACAUCUUAACUAGUCACAGGUGAACUGGUUUGCAUCCUGGGAUAGGUUAGUGCAGUCAUGGUGUGUGAGAAGUAGAUGCCUGAAUUUAAAGCUAGAAUAAGCCCAGACUAAACCCACACUUGCUGAUAUUUCAUGUACCUUUGCAUUUGUGGGUUCUUCUGGACUUGAAGGCAGCAGAAUCCCAACAGUGUUCAUUUCCAGUUGAAUUGAGACAGGCAGCAGAAAUGUAAAGGGGAGGAUUUACCCCACAAGACUCUCCUACCUGUUCCUUAUGUUUCUCAGAGCUUUUUCAGUUCACCUGUCACUGGUUAUGAUCUUGCUGAACGAGCAUCUAUUGUAAGGGUCUUUACCAGUAGUCUGUGUUUUGGUAUUUAAACAGGUUGAUUUCAUAAGCAGAACUGGGUUUUAUUGUUGCUGUUGUUCUCAUUUUCCUUCUCAUCCAUAGUUUUCCUUUUCAUCUGGUCCAAACACAUACUUAACAAAAGUCCUUUCAAAAGUGUGAGCUAUAGUAGGGCCACAAUGGAUUUGUUCCCGUGUGGUAAAACAAAAUACAGAAGCCUUGCAGCUGUGUUUGCAUUCUGGGCCAACACUGAUGAUCACCCUGCAGCAGCAGUGCAGCUCCUGGAGUGGAUGAGAGUUAGGACCGGUCUGCUGAAACAGCUCAGCAAAACUGAUAUUUGUUUUGUGCUGCUGCUCUUGGAGAGAGGAAGAAAAGAGGAAAAAAAAACUAAGAAAUAAAGGUUCAGCCUUACAGAUGCUGUCACAAAAAAAAAAGCCCAACAAUCACCAGCAGAGCCUUUAAUGUCACCGCCAGGAUAGCAUCUUCGGCAGCUCUUUCCAGUCCCCUGUGCAUCCUCCCUUCUCAGCUGCAGAUGCUCCGGUUCCUCUUCUCUGCCUCAGCAGUAGGUGAGUCAAGCAGAUCUGAAGACACAUGGACAUUUCCAUUCAAUAGGCCUGUGACAAGUCUCCUCCUAGGUCUGCUUUUAUCUGCUAAGAAGAUUCACGGUUUCAGUGAGGUCACACUUGGACUCAAAGCUCCCACCUGUCGCAUCAAGGGCAGAACUCCAUCCGUGGGAGAAGGAUUUGAACGUUUUUGAGUAACUGAUGAUUUGCUUCCACGUCUUGUGGUCACUGCAGGAUCACUCAUGGAGGCCCAACGUGUAUAUAAAAUGUUAAAUAAGAUGUGUAUUGAAUGGAGUGGACAAAUUAGUUAAGCAGCUCAAGGACACUCAGAAGAAAGAUGACUGACAUCGUUUCCAGGAGAGUCAAUGGAAGUUGUUUGCUUUCAGUGGCGGGGGAAGAAAAAGAAACAGAAAAAGGAAAAGAAAAAGAACAAAACCACCAACAAAAACCAACAAAAAAAAACCAAACCUCAAACCCCCCAA